AUCCCUAUUCUCGGCGCACGAACUCAAAUUUUCUUAUCAAGCUGAUAAUUGAACAUGCAGUAAAUUCGUGACCAUUCAAGGUGUCUAGAGUAUAUAUACUGGCUAGCCCCGGGGGUACCUCACUGUCGAGAAAUCCCCAAUAAAGGAGCUGGCCAUAGACAUUUUGUUUGGUUUCUUUGAAGACACACGCGAACGUACAUCGAUCUCCUCGCACAGGAUCCAGACAUUAAACGGACAUGGCAUGUGAAAUCCCAACCGUGGAAAGUACUCUGAAGCAAGCGGCUGCAGUUUUCAGAGAUAAAUUUGGCAGUGAUCCGAAUUUAGCAGCAUGCGCGCCUGGUCGAGUGAAUCUGAUCGGCGAACAUACGGAUUAUAACGAAGGGUUUGUGUUCCCAAUGGCGUUGCCAAUGGUAACAGUGGUGGUCGGAAGCAAGAGUGAUGCCGGUAAAUGCCGGGUAUUGACGAAGGCUGACGGAGUUGAUGCUCCGCAUUUCAUAGAAUUCCUUCCCCAUUCUGAGACAACCCCCCUCUCCCCCGGAACUCCCAAAUGGGCGAACUAUUUCAAAGGAGUCAUUGCCAACUUCCCAGGUACGGUACCGGCUUUCGACGCCGUGAUAGUGUCUACAGUGCCGGUAGGGGGCGGUGUGUCUAGUUCUGCGGCGUUAGAGGUGGCCACGUUCACUUUCCUGCAGCAACUCUGUCCAGACGAUGGGCAGAACGUCAAGACCAUGCAGAAGGUGUUGGCGUGUCAGAAGGCCGAGCAUGACUUCGCCGCCGUGCCAUGUGGCAUCAUGGACCAGUACAUAUCAACAAUGGGCAAGGCGUCACAUGCACUUCUGAUCGACUGCAGGUCACUUGAAAGCCGACUAGUGCCCGUGACAGACCCCGACGUGGUCGUCAUGGUAACAAACUCUAACGUCAAGCACGAACUGAAUGGGUCAGAGUACCCCACGCGCCGACGACAGUGUCAAACAGCGUCCAUGACGAUGGGCAAGAAAAGUCUCAGAGAAGCCGCCGACUUAACAUCAGACCAGUUGGCAGAUUUCCAGGAUAAACUGGACGGCGAGACGUUCCGGAGAAUACGUCACGUGAUCACAGAGAUUCAGAGAACAGAAGAGGCCGCUGAUGUGUUGGAGAAUGGAGAUUACAAGAAGUUUGGUCAGCUUAUGGUAGCGAGCCAUAACUCAUUAAGGGACGACUACGAGGUGUCAUGUUCCGAGGUGGACCAGCUGGUAGAAGCAGCCAUGGAGGUAGAGGGCGUGUUCGGUUCUCGCAUGACAGGCGGUGGAUUCGGAGGGUGCACCGUGACACUGUUGAAAAGAGACGCUGUCACCAGGUGUAUACAAAAUAUUGAGAACCGCUACAAAGGUACACCGACGUUCUACGUAUGCCCGGCGUCUGACGGCGCGCGACCACUCCAUCUAUGACGAGUGGUCAGAUGGCAACUGUAAACACUAGAAAACCAGGGCCCAGCCCGCCACACGGAGCAUAGCCUAGAGUUAAUAUAUAGUGACAUGAUUGCAGGGGAACUGUCAGCUGACAAAUACUCAAAUGGAGUAAAUGGUUUGUCUCAGAAAUAAUGUACUCAUGCUUGUUUUGGUGUUUGUGUGAUAGAGGAGAGGGGAAGGUGUAUAUCCUGAAGUCAGUCGUUUCAAGAGAUACUGUCGUGGUUUUAUACGAUAUCAAAUUUGAUUUUUCUUUUGAUAUAUCCGAAUUUAUUCUCAGCUACACAUGCAAGUAAAAGGCUUGCAAAUACAAAUUGCAAUUUCUCUGUCGGUGGUAUAUAAAAACUGAUGCGUGCACUUUUGAGUAUUUAACUUUAUAUGCAGGAUUGAUUUUGCUGAUGGAAGUGGCUUCAGCAGCAAGUUUAUUAUUCGUGUUCAAGUCUCCUGCAGACUAGAAACAAAGGCUUGACAUGCCACGGAGAGUUGCGGCCAUCUAUAGCGUUCCCGGUGUAGCAUGUCAUAGACAAAAGGUCAACGCCUUAUGUUUGAAUUGAUUGGUUUCAAGUUCCAAGGUCGGCUAAUGUGUGAACGAAGCACAUUCGUCCUAGUAACAGUGUUUGAAAUGAAGAAAAAAAUGCUAAAUUUCAGAAGCUGCGGGUCCUGACAAAACUCUUCAUCCCCUCAGUAUUUGAGUCAAAGUUGAAUGAAACAUAAUAUGCUUUGAAUUUAAAAUAAACAAUGGAAAUGAACCUGAAAAUUUAUGUUACUUGAUACAUUAAAGAUUGUACAAAAUGGCAGUGAUUACUCAAUGCAUCGCGCAUCUGCAUGUUACAAAACGUGCUGUUACCGUCAAACAGCCACGAACGUUAUCCAUCAAUAAUCACCCAUUUUUUCUGAAAAGUUAUUUCCCUAAAGUUCGUUGUUUCAGCAACAUACCUUCAGUUGAUUGUUUAUUUCGGAGGCACGAUGCCUUCCACAUAUAGCCACGUGCAGAUUUGUCCUGACAUUAGAGUAUACAUGCUAAUGCGGUACCUACAACUACACAGCAAGGAGCGUUCAGGACUUGUUUGUACAUUCUUUCAUGAAAAACGUGGGGUAGCCUAGUGGUUAUAGCGUUCGCUCACCACGCCGAAGACCCGGGUUCGAUUCCCGACAUGGGUACAAUGUGUGAAGCCCAUUUCUGGUGUCCCCCCGCCUUGAUAUUGCUGGAAUAUUGCUAAAGGCAGCGUAAAACCGUACUCACUCACUCACUCACGAAAAAUGAAUAUUUUAUUUUAAACUGCAGCUUAAUGUAAUAAAUAAAUCGACACGCAGAUUUAUAUUGGAAUUAGGCCGUACACGAGAUCCAUCUGCCUGGCUUACCAUCUUCCCGAGGCAAGGGAGUUAACUGACUUUAAAAGUCCAGUUUCCACGUGGAAACUGGACUUUUAAAGUCAGUUUACUCUCUUGCCUCGGGAAGAUGCUGGCUUACAGGCAAGCGCAUAUUCCGAGCAUUGCCUAUAAAUGUAGUUUAGAUUUAUGUGGGAAGCACGGGCUUUACUUCAGCAAUGAGUGCACACCAAGUUCCUUGUAAAUAUCGCCGUGUUGUCCUGAGUAAACACUCACUUGCAGUUCUGUCAGUAUUAUUAAUUUGUCAUACUUAUCAUGACCAUAAAUCGAUCACCACAGCUACCAUUUAUAUUGUCUUAGUACAAAUGACAUGUCUGUGCCAGUCUCCGUGAUUUGGUCUAGGUGCACACGGGUAUUAUUCCUGUAGACUUUCUAGAAGGGGUUCCGUAACAACGACUGAUUGUAUAAACGACAGUAUCUCUUCAACGCUGACAUUUUUUACCAGGCGAUAGAGGACGAUAUCUCAACAUGGAAACAGAAGGCAGCUAUUUUGUCCGCACUAACAUGCACAAUGGGUGGUGACGAGUUGGGCAGUUGUGACACACAGCUAUACGUAUAUAUAUAGAGAAAGAUUUAUUCCAAUGGUGAUGCAUUAAAUGCAUAUUUUACUGACUUGUUACUGAGCAGGUUAUGGUGUUAAUAAACUACGUGUAAUAGUU